AUGUUCUCGGGUUCGUUCGGCCAGCCUCUGCUGAAGCAGCUUUGUGCCGUCCUCGCCCAUGAACUCGCCGCACCUUGCUUUCUCUUGGUCAAUCCUCUGACGGUAUUUGCGAAUCCGUGAGUGCUAGUCUUGAAGGAGCCCUCGGAUCAUUCGUCGGCCGUGCUGAAGUACUACGCGUCUCGCCGGCUCUGUGCUGACCAGAGGUUUGUAUGAAACACAGUUCGGAAGCACACUGUUGUCGAGACACCUGUGCAGAAAUCGAAUCUGCGCACAUCUUCGCCUUCUGAACUGCUACCUGGAACUCACCUGUUCGCUUCUAUCAACGUUCUUCCUUGCCCAUCCGGGACCUCAACUCGCCUGCGUUGGAUCCGACGCCACUGCCUGACUGGAGGCAGCGAAGCGGACACCAGCCUAGAAUCCGGCUGGACACAGUCAGUCGAGACAUAAAGGUGGCCGCAAGAGAAGACAGUGGACCGUACUAUGCAGAUCUUCUGCUGCUGCGGGUUGUCUCUACCGGACAGGAACAGACUGAGAAAUGAUUGAGGCCGGCUAGAGCAUGCAUGAUCACAGUCGCAGUACUUACAUACGGUCAUUGCCUGAUUUAAUAACAUUUUGACCGAAAUUCUGAAAUACAUGUUCGUUUGGGAAGGAUUAAUUAAGUGAGGUUGUAAUAUUAAUAAUCGUACAGCAAAUCGUCCGAAGACAUUUCAGUCACUAUAGCAUGUAGGAAUUUGACUGCACUUCUUCUCGACCGCCUGCAAAGGUUAUAAUCGGCAAGAUAUGACUUUUUAAGUGGUAUUCACUCUUUCCAUUCAUUGGUAUACCCUCAUAUAUUCAAAUAUAUUUUAUAGAAAAAUGGACAGAAAUAUUCUUGCAAAUCAAGGGCAUUAUUAACAGAUCGGCGACCGCGGUGGAGUUCGAACUCACGAAAACCCGUGUACAGAUAACGCCUUAACCAGCUGAGACACGAGGCUAAACACAAGCCUUGCGCUUUCUCUGGUGAGUUCGAACCGCCGACUACGUAAAUCUGCCAAAACACCUACUGAUAAACAAUUUACAUCGAUGUAAAAACCUGAUUCAUCUACAGCCUCGGUGUGAAGGCACAUUUGGGUAUCUGAGCUCACCGCGGAAAAAAGUCCCUAAUCCACAAACACGUGAUCUCGCACGCGUUGCGACCUACAGGUUCCCUCUCGUAAGGCUACGCAAUCACCCCAGGUGGCCUCGCUCGGGUGCACCACUAAUGUGGUUAUUUAAAUAGCAGCAGCAGCAGCAGCAGCAGCAGCAGCAGCAGCAGCAGCAGCAGCAGCAGCAGCAGCAGCAGCAGCAGCAGCAGCAGCAGCAGCAGCAGCAGCAGCAGCAGCAGCAGCAGCAGCAGCAGCAGCAGCAGCAGCAGCAGCAGCAGAAGACGUGGUACCGGUUGCGGUAUGAGUCAUUUUUUCUUCCAUUUUUCUUACAAUUACCUAAAAGCGAUCCGUUUUUGUUAAUUAGGACGGCUACAGAACUUCAUCAUCUAGAACCUCUCCAAGGGAGGACGCAUCCCCCGAAGCCACAGUCAAAACUGAAUAAGCCUGGUUGAGGGAACAGGCCUUUGGACUUUGUCGCUGGAACCGACAGUUUACUUGUCUGACGCCCUGAAUUCACAUUCGAGCUCAUAAGCAAAACCGGGGCCUCUUUCUUUCCAGCUGUUCCCGAGAAUUCAUCUUUUCGCUUGUAUGGUCGGAUCGUUUGUUUUUUUUUCAGCAUAUCGUCAUCAGGCCCGUAUAAUGGCCUGCUUAAGAUUUAGUAUGGCUGCUGGUUGGUUGGAUGAGGCCGCUCUGUUCUCAGCUCUCGAAAGACCAUUGUAAGACCGUUAAACGAAAAUUGCUUGCCAUCGGACAUCACAAUCAGCCCAACAGAUCCUGCGCUAAAGCAACUGACCGGACAAGUCCCUUCCCCGCCAAUUCUCCCAUCCUUUGGCCAUUGUAGCACGAGACUCAUCUCAGCCAAGCUCAUCGGCACCGCCGUCGCCGCCGCCGCCGCCGCCUCCUCCUCCUCCUCCUCCUCCUCCUCCUCCUCCUCCUACUGUGCCGUCUGUCACUCCUGUCCGCGCACCCAACCAUCUUUUUGA